AUUAGGCGGUACGGGAAGAGGCAGCGGUGCUGCGCCCGCCCCGCCGGGGAGCGCCGCCUCCUCCGGCCGCGCCGCGCACGCCGGGACCGGCCUUGCCUAGCCCCGCUGCCGCCGCUACUGACCGGGCCCCGGCCCCGGCCCCGGCCCCGCCGGCAGGAUGCAGGACCCAAAUAAAGACACAGAGUGGAAUGACAUUCUGCGCAAGAAAGGUAUCCUUCCUCCAAAGGAAAACGUGGAGGAACAGGAGCGUGCAAAGGAAGAGGAGCAGCUUGCCAUCCUUCAGAAGUCUCUUGUGAAAACUUAUGAGGACAUGACUCUGGAAGAGCUAGAAGAGAAUGAAGAUGAAUUUAAUGAGGAAGAUGAGAAAGCUAUUGAAAUGUACAGGCAGCAAAGGUUAGCAGAAAUGAAAGCAGCACAAAUGAAGAAUAAAUUUGGGGAAGUUUUGGAGAUUUCGGGAAAAGAUUAUGUUCAAGAGGUCACCAAAGCUGGAAAAGGUAUAUGGGUAGUCCUGCACCUCUACAAACAGGGAAUUCCACUCUGUGCCUUAAUAAACCAACAUAUGAGCGGGCUUGCAAGGAAGUUCAGAGACGUGAAAUUCAUCAAAGCUAUCUCUACCACCUGCAUUCCCAACUACCCUGAUAAGAACCUGCCUACGAUAUUUGUCUACCUGGAGGGAGACAUCAAAGCUCAGUUCAUUGGACCUUUGGUGUUUGGUGGCAUGAACUUGACAAGGGAUGAAUUGGAGUGGAAGAUUUCGGAGUCAGGCGCCAUCAAGACAGAUCUUGAGGAGAACCCCAGGAAGCAGAUCCAGGACCAGCUCAUGUCCUCAAUCAGGGCGUGUGUCCCAGCCAGGGGGGAGAGUGACUCAGAGGAUGACUAACUUCUGCAUUGGCACCAAGAUUGACACAGUACAGUUGCAGCCAGUGUUCCCACCUAAAGCACUGGAGACACUCAUCAAGAUCUUGCUGAGCCCCAGAAGAGUAGUAUUUCAAGACAGCCAUUCAUCUAGAAACUUCUAGAAACUAAAAAGUUUAUUUAAAAAAAACACCACACCACCAAAUUUAUUGCAGCUUCACUUAAGAUUCUGAUAGACGUUUUAUAUUACAAAACCUGAGUAAAUAUUACUCAAAGUUUUUAAAUAUAGACAUCAGUAGAAA